AUGGCUCGGACUUUGACAGAAUAUUAUCUAACAAACUACACAAAGUGUCCCCAGGAACCGGUCAGCUUCCUGGCUUCCUGGCAGGCAGUAGCCUAUCCUUCGCAUGUCAUCGGAACUCUCGCUGUGCCCAUCCACGUGUUCACUUCAUUCUGCAUUCUAAAAAAGACCCCGAAGAUUAUGGAUUCCGUCAAAUGGCCCCUUCUGAAUGCUCACUUUUGGUCGCGAUACUUUUCUGAGUGUGGUUACAAAAUUAUUUUCAGGUGUUCCUGUUUCGACGUGUUAUUCUGCUUCUUGGUGACUCCUUACUACUUCCUCCCCUCGAUGAGCGGCUUUUCGCUCGGAAUUCUCAAUGCUCUCGGCGUUCCGGUGAUUGCUCAACUUGUACUCGGAUACGCAUUUUUGUUUUGUGAGUAGAAUAUAAAUAAUGUUUGUUGUGUUUCUUUAAACGGUAUCCAUCAGGUGUGGCCUCAUCAAUCCUAAUGUUAUUCGAGAAUCGGAGCAGUUCAAUAAACGAGAACCGUUUCAAAAUACGAACAACUUCCUCGAAGCUCUGUCUGUUCGUUUGCAAUAUCCUCCUCGGUUCAAUACUUUCUAUUCCAUUUCUGUUCAGUAUUCCCGACCAAGAAGAGGGGAAACUGAAAAUAUUAGAGGUCAGUUUAACAAGUGUAAAAAGAAACGAAACGUCCCCUUUCAGAUCUGGCCCUGCCCGACCGAGGAGUUCUUCAUCGGACCCACAUUCGUGCUCACCGCCGAUCCGGAUGUCAUGUGGACACUAUUCAAAGCCGGACUUUUCGCCGUUAUCAUAUUUUUCCUCCAGUUGUUCUUCUUCACUUCCUGCUGCUCCUAUUACCUUUUCAUAGCUCCAAACCUGCCCAAAUCUUCCCAAACUCACAAGCAGCAACGUCGGUAUUUUCUAUACCUUCUCAUCCAAAUCGGAGUGCCCACUUCUAUUUUCGGCGUUCCGCUUGCCUUUGGCGCCGUCGCCUUCUUCUGGGACUUUUGCAGUCAGGCAGUUGUCAAUUCGAUAGUUGUCAUAUUCUGUUUUCAUGGUUUUAUGCAGAGCCUCACCACAAUUCUGGUGCAUCACUCGUACAGAAGCUACUUGCAGACAGUGUUGUCAGAUUUGAAGCUAAAACAUGUUAUUUUAAUUGCUUGAAAUGAAUGCUUGAUGAUUAAGAGUUCUCAGGUAAUUUUCGGCAGGUUGCUCCCCCUUUGCCGUUCCCUAGCCGCCCCUUGCCGAUUGCUUGCUGCUUCUUGCGGACUGCCGGCCGCUCAGUGCUACCACUUCCCGCUCAGGAAAUUUUCGGCAAGUUGCCGAAAUAGUAAAGUGCCGCGGGCAGUUUUUUUGAACGGCACCUUGCCGCAAAGCGAAACAUGCUGACACCCUUGCUUCAUCCUUGACGUUCUUGCUGCUCCCGUGCCGCCAAAACACCUCCCAUCCCACCUUUUUCUGUCGCACGCCGAAGCCGUGCCGCUGCCUUGCCGGAUCCGUGCCCACUCCAUUCUCCGAAAUGAGGCGGUAGCAACUUGCCGUUUUGGGCGGCACCUUCCUUGCUCACUGGGUUUGCCGAACUAAUGCCGAUCCCUGGAAAGCAGGUGAAAAGUCGAAUUGCUGCCAUUUUUUCAUAAAACGCCCUCGAUUAGAUUAAGAAUCUGAAGCCGUCAAUUUUUUCACACCAACAAUCUGCAGCGUCGGUUCUUCGUGUGCUUUCUCAUUCAAAUCGGCGUACCCACUUGUUCUCUCGCAGCACCUACAGUCUUUGGAACUAUUGCUAAUUUUGAGGACUUUUACAAUCAAGAAAUCAUCAAUUCGAUCAUUAUCAUGGUCUGUUUUCAUGGAUUUAUGCAAAGUGCAACUAUUCCGCUGGUGCAUCAUCCUUAUUUAUGGAAGUUGUGGUUCAGGUGGAAACCGAAGAGUAAGUAUUAUUAUAGUUUCGUUGAGUUGGGUAAUAGCAAAUGCAAAGUUCCAUGUUUUUCCCCACAUCAACUGUAUUAAUGUUAUAAAUCAAAAUGGUGCAACUCUCUAGGCAGAUACUUAUCUGCUCACUGAUCCGAAUGACCACGUGAGCCCAGUCACGUACAAAGAUUGAAAAGUGCUGCUCUUUGAUCAACAUUCCCACGACCUACGCAACAUUUUCCAAUACUUCUUGUGAUUCAGACAGACUCGUGCCGCUCUCCUACUCUUUCCGGAGUACUUUACUUAUCGUUCUCACCUAUUACUAUUAUGUUUUUGUCUCUGGCAUCGAAAAACACGCACCAGCUAUUAUUCUAGAAGAAAACCAUUUAUUUUCCAAUUAUAUAAAAGAACAAGCGACGCCAGUCUCUCUGCAGGAUGUCAGACAUUCGCUGGCUCAAAAUAACUACCGUAUGCGAUCACGUUGGAUUCUCGAUAUCGACCAUCGCCAACCUGACUCUACUCACUCUCCUGGCAAUCAGACCAUCGAAUUCGUUAGGCUCCUACAAGUACUUGAUGAUCACUUUCUGCCUAUUCAGUAUGUUUUACACCUCGGUUGAGACUUUCUUGAGACCGGUGAGUUCGUUUUCACGCACAUUUUGUUGAUAUUGUACUCGACUCGGCAAAAUCUCUGAUAUUGCAGCUCAUCCAUAUCUACGACAAUACCAUUUUUGUAAUUCAACGCAAAAGGUUCGACUACUCGGAAACCACUGCUCGAGCCAUCUCUUGUAUAUUUAAAACUCGAACAAUAAUCUGAAGAUGUUUGCUUUUUCAGCCACUUAUUGCGGAUGUUACGCGAUGAGCUUCACCCUGUUUGCCGUCCAUUUCGUUUACCGAUACUUUGCCGCUUGCAAGUCAGCCUUACACCUUCAUCCACUUUUAAGACACCUUUCCGUUCAGGCCCGAUAACUUGCGAUACUUUCAAGGCCUCUACUUUGUCGGCUGGAUCGUGGGAGCAAUGGCGAUUGCCGGCAGUUGGGGGUUCGCUGCCUUCAUUCUUUACCCCGAAACCGAUCGGACGAAAGCCUCGUUUUUGUGAGGAAACCACCGAAAAACAAAGCUGAAAAUACCGUUUUGCAGGCAUGUACUCAAAGAAUCGUACGAUUUGGAUCCCUAUUGGAUUGGGAAUGUUCCUUACAGCUAUGCGAGUUUUCAGAAAUAUCAGGGAUUUAUAAUUAUCUUGUGAUUUCAGUGGAGAACAGUGGAUGGAGUCGAGUAUCUGAACCCUCGCAACAUCAUCGGAAUCGUUCAGCACGGACUCAUCAUGAUUCUCUCAUUCAGCACUGUCGGCUACUGCGGAUAUCGCACUCACAGGACAAUCAAAGCACACAACGGAGUGUCGGACAGAACUCGAGAACUUCAGAACCAACUGUUCAAAGCACUCGUGUUACAGGUAGCUCAGAAUGAAGUAAAGAAGACAAGUGAUUUUCAGACCAUCAUCCCCAUGUUUCUAAUGUAUUUGCCUGCCACUAUGCUUUUUGUGACCCCUUUCAUUGGCCUCAAUAUCGGAUGCUAUGGGAACAUCACAACAGUCACCGUCCACUUGUAUCCGGGAAUCGAUCCGCUCAUUCUUCUGUUCAUCAUUAGAGAUUUCAGAAUUACUCUUUUCAGUCAGCUAUUUAGAAUUGUCUUCCAUCAUUCAAACUUUUGUUGCAGAAACCGUUCGCAUCUAUUCCACCAGCACAAGAACCGAUAAUAACAUCACGAUGUCCUAUCAAGUCAGCUCUGGAAAGUUCUAG